AUUCUAUCCUCCGUGGGAGCGAGUUCUAAGGCUCUUCUCUCCGGCAUUUCUCGUGAUAAUAGUGACUCUCAGGUGAGCGUGGACUUUUGCGAAUCCGUGUGUAGCCACUUCCCAUUAUGGGGGUGUAGGAGGUUCAGUGAGCGUUGACUGACGACAGGUUUUAAACAAAAAAGGAUCCUUGAAUAUUUCGUAAAUCAUGCACAUCGGACAGUGUGUUAUUGUGCUCGCGAUUGUGAUGAAUGUGCAGAAGAGCUGGGCAAUUCCAUCGGACAUCUACAUGAAGAUGUUCGCUGUACAGCCUCCGCCAGAUCCGUGCUAUGACGAGAAGCGUCCCAGGCGAUGUGUGCCGGAUUUCGUGAAUGCUGCCUUCGGAACUCCGAUUACAGCUUCCAGCACGUGCGGCCAGCGCGGACCGUCGCGCUAUUGCGAACUUAGCGAACCCCUGAAUCCCGUGUCCAGUAACAGUGCCGCGCCAUCAGGAACAACUACCACUUGUCAGAUCUGCGAUGACACAAAUCCCAAGCGACGUUUUCCGUCGGCUGCCCUCACUGAUCUUAACAACCCCAACAAUCUCACUUGCUGGCGCUCCGAAUCUCUGCCCGCCACUGCUCCUGGUCAGUUGGACAAUGUGACUUUAACUCUGUCUCUGGGGAAAAAGUACGAACUGACCUACAUCAGUCUCCAAUUCUGUCCGCGGUCGGUAAAGCCGGAUUCCAUGGCGAUCUACAAGAGUGCGGAUUAUGGGAACACUUGGCAGCCUUUCCAGUUCUACAGCUCGCAAUGUCGCAAGAUCUACGGUCGACCCAAUAGGGCCACAAUCACGAAGACUAAUGAACAGGAGGCGCGUUGCACUGACGCUCAUCGGCACUCUGGAGACAAUGUGGGCAACCAAGGUGCAAGGAUUGCCUUUAGCAUCCUCGAAGGUCGUCCCUCAGCUUCCGACUACGAAUCCUCACCUGUGCUGCAAGAUUGGGCCACCGCCACUGAUGUUCGGGUGAUCUUCAAUCGGAUCCAAAUGCCUCAGGAUCCAGGAGAUGAAUUCAUCCUAAUCGGUCCUCAGCAGACCAGCAAGUUCCGCGACGAUCAUGCAGCCAAUGCCAUCGAGAGCAUCACCACCUCAACAUCCACAGCCACAAGCAUCACUACUCACCACUAUGCUGUGUCCGAUUUCGCCGUUGGCGGCAGAUGCAAGUGCAACGGACAUGCCUCCAAGUGUCUCCCGAUCGGCCGCGACGGGCAACUGGCGUGUGACUGCAAGCACAAUACCAUGGGCAGAGACUGCGAGCGCUGCAAACCCUUCUACUACGACCGACCCUGGGCCAGAGCGACUCAACGAGAGGCCAACGAAUGCAAAGAAUGCAACUGCAAUGGCCAUUCCAGACGGUGUCGCUUUAACAUGGAGCUAUUCAAGCUCUCUGGACGCACUUCCGGGGGGGUCUGUAUCAACUGUCGCCACGCGACUACAGGCCGUCACUGUCACUACUGCAAGGAGGGCUUCUACAGGGAUCCCACGAAGCCGCUAAAUCAUCGAAAAGUGUGCAAACCGUGCGACUGCCAUCCUGUGGGAUCCUCCGGAAGAACAUGCAAUCACACAUCCGGUCAGUGUCCUUGCAAAGACGGCGUCACGGGUCUGAGUUGCAACAGAUGCGCCAAAGGAUAUCAGCAAAGUCGCUCUCAUAUCGCGCCAUGCGUCAAAAUUGUUCCCCGAAUCAGCGUGAUUCAGCCUCAAAUAGCGCAAGAGCCGCAGUACGAUCAAGAUGUGUCCGCCUAUCGAAAAAGUGGCGACGACGACGAGGAAACAGAGUGCGGAAAGUGCAAAAUAGCCACGAAACACCUGACAAAGAAGAAGUUCUGCAGAAGGGAUUACGCAAUUAUGGCCAAGGUGGCGGGCAGGGACGUGGUAAAGGACAAGGAGAAUAACUCCGAGGAUAUGAUUCAGUUCAACCUGGUUGUUCAGGCAGUGUAUAAGAAGUCCCAGGGAACGAGUCUCCUCGCCGGUGUCAUUCCAGGUCUUAGGAGGGCUACAGUGCCACUCAUCGUGCCAAUGAGAGACUUCGAGUGCAGAUGUCCAAAACUUAAGAUCAAUAAGACUUACCUGAUCUUGGGGAAAGACACGGAGAAUCCUCCGGGUGCUCUGGGCGUGGGUCCCAGGUCGAUAAUCAUCGAAUGGCGAGACGAUUGGCACAGGCGAAUGCGACGGUUUCAGAGACGCUCUCGAGACGACUGUGACUAGGAAUUUGUAGUUUUUUACUAGACAACAAAGGAAAUGGAGGAAAUGUGUGAAAAUAUGGGAGAAAAGCAGAAGGAGAACGCGCUGAGAUUGUGAGUUAAAAGAUUAAACCUCAAAGCACACCGUGGAGGCUUCAAGAUACUGAAGAGGAGGAGAAUAUCCGUGAAUGUUAUUUUCUACCUUCACCAGUAAAAGCAAUUCAUUGAAUAUCAUUAAAAAUUUAACACUAUUUCUACUCAGAAUUGACGUACGCAAUUAUUGAUUGUAACGUAAUUAUUUAUUGAUGAAGGAAUGAGAAACUACAAAUUGUUUAUAGCCAUUCUAUUAUGUAAGUAUUUUAUUUGUCACUCUCCAUUAAUGCUUAAGGAUAUUACUUUGUAAUUAUAGUUAAUUUAUUAAGGGUAUUUUUGCGAGAGAGAAAAAGUUACAAAGGAUGCUGAUGAUGAAAUAUUCCUAUAAUUACCAGAAAGAGUUGCCAUAAUUUCAUCUUAAUUGAUAGCUUUCCUUAAUUCCUAGGCCCACAACGUACUUUUUGUGUAAACUAAUUUUCCCGCUUUGCCGUCCCUUUUCACAUUUGAAAAGGGAAGAUCAUGUAAAUAUUGCCACGAUGUUGAUUUUUCUUAUGGAAAAUAAGAACAGAAGGAAGAAAAGUCCAUGCAAAAUUAAGGUAGCUUAGAAAUCACUGUAAUUGUGUUAAUUUAAUAACAUUAAAUGACUGUGUGUGACUGCUUCAGUGUUGAAGGGAGAACAAGAGGCGCAGAAGGGUGACGAAAGCUACCCUUCUGCGCCUCGUCCACCCUACAUUUUUCACAGCAAUUAACCGCCCCCCGCCCGAAGAGAUGGGAGUCCUCAUUAUCAAAAUUAAUCGCAUUGUAUCUCUAGUAAUAAUUGGAGAAUUAGUAUUUAGUGGAAGGAAUAUGUGUAUAUUUUAAAUUCUAUCAUGUACAAUUUAAUGCAAAAAAUCAAUGUAUUGAUAUGGAGGCCAGAGGAGAUUUUCUUAUCUCUCUAGAGGUUCCGUCAACCACUUUUUCAUAUCUUAUCGGAAUUUUAUGUCUAAAAUUUAUGAAGAAAAUUUGACAGAAUAAAAGAAAUCAAAUAACGAGAUAUUUUCUUAACAAAUAUGAAGAUAUAAACGAUUAUUCAUCAGGAGGAAAAUGGUAAUAUCAAUUAUCAUAUCAACGACAUUAUCAAUUGAUUUUUAGACUUUUUUGAUACCUCUUUAGACGCAGAGAAUAAUUUUAAGCUAAAUCCUUAUAACAUUGGAUGAUCUUUCCCGCAGAAUAAUUACAGAAUUUCAGGAAUGCAUUUUAAGAUAAUAUGAUUAAAAAAUAAAUAGAAGAUAAAGUGAAGUGUGUAGAGAUAAAAGCACACAGAUUUUAUGCAAAACAGCCAUAAAUUUAGUGAAUGUUGUCAAGAAAGCGAAUGACGAGAGUGAGAAAUAUCAGUUGAAAGGAGAAGAAGGAGUAAAAGUCACAAUAAAAUGAAUUAAGUA